AAUGUCGGAAUGUGCUCCUGGUGUGAUCAGAAAACUAGAUGAGGUUGUGGUGAACAGGAUUGCUGCAGGGGAAGUUAUACAAAGACCAGCAAAUGCACUAAAGGAGAUGCUAGAGAACAGUUUGGACGCGAAGUGUUCUCAAAUCACUGUAACUGUAAGGUCUGGUGGAUUAAAGCUUCUACAGAUAGCUGAUAAUGGUACAGGGAUACGCCAGGAGGAUCUUCAGAUUGUAGCAGAGAGGUUCACCACUAGUAAACUUAAGGAUUUCAAGGAUCUAAGUAGUAUUGCUACAUACGGGUUUAGAGGAGAAGCAUUGGCAAGUAUAUCUCAUGUAGCACACCUCAGUAUACUCACUAAAACAAGAGACUCUGCUUGUGGAUACAAAGCCCAGUAUAUGGAUGGUAAACUGACUGGGACUCCUAAACCGAUGGCCGCUAAUCAGGGUACAACUAUUACUGUUGAAGAUCUGUUUUACAAUGUACCAAACAGAUUAGGAGCUCUUAAAUCUCAUACUGAGGAGUUUAACAAGAUAUCUGAAGUUAUGACAAGGUACGCCGUACACAAUUCUGGUGUUGGGUUUACCCUUAAGAAGGCUGGAGAGACUGGAGUUGAAGUUAAAACUCAAUCCCAGAAUAGUAUUGUAGACAACAUCAGAGCAUUGUAUGGACCUGCUGUGGCUAAGGAGCUGGUAGAAUUUAAGUUAGAAGACUCCAGGUACAAGUUCCAGGUGAAGGGUUGGGUGAGUAACGUAAACUACAGCGUGAAGAAAAUGGUCUUCUUGUUGUUCAUCAACCACAGGCUGGUCGACUCUACAGCUCUCAGGAAGAGUAUAGAAACUGUGUAUGCGAGCUACUUACCUAAGGGAAUGUCUCCGUUUAUCUAUUUAUCCCUGGAGAUCGCUGCCUGUAACGUGGACGUAAACGUUCACCCGACCAAACAUGAGGUCUUCUUCCUGCAUCAGGACGCUAUCAUUGAGAAGAUACAGCAGGGACUAGAGGAGAAACUGUUAAACUCGAAUGCAUCCCGAACCUUCUAUACACAGAAACUGUUACCUGGAGCUGGAGCUACCCUGGAGAUUCUGGAACCAAAGUCGAAGCUGGAAAAGACGAUUGCGCCGAAAGAUUUCGUCCGGACGGAUUCUUCAGAUCAGAAGCUGGACAAGUUCUUGGUCCGGAGUGAUGUUAAAGAUGUUAAAGAGACGAAAAUCCCCGAACCUGACUCCGUCAAUACUCCGGAGUUCAGAGAGUGUAAACUAUCCAGUAUCAAGAUUCUCAGACAAAAAUUUCAGGAGGCUAGCAGUAGCAUUGCACGUGAAAUGUUCUCCGCGCACAUAUUUGUUGGGUGCGUCAACAGGAAGCUAGCACUCUUCCAGCACUCCACUAAACUAUACCUCGCUAAUACAACCAAACUCUCUCAACAUUUAUUCAGACAGCUUAUGCUCCGGGAUUUUGGAAACCUAGGUGUCUUGAAACUAGAUCCAGCUCCUUCUAUCAGAGAACUCGCUCUUAUAGCGCUGGAUCUACCGGAGGCUGGAUGGAAGGAGGAGGACGGGUCGAAGGACGACCUCGCUGAGUACGUGGUGUCCACUCUCCUUCAGCACAAGGAAAUGUUGGACGACUACUUCUCCCUGCAGAUAGACAACAUUGAUGGUGAGCAUUGUAUAGUCGGACUACCCCUUCUCCUGGAUGACUACUGUCCCUGGCUUGCCGGACUACCCCUCUACGUCCUCCGUCUCUCUACUGAAGUUAACUACGAGGACGAGGCCGAGUGUUUUAGAACAAUGAUUGAAGAAACAGCCAGGUUCUAUAAGGUUCCUGGUGUAGAGGGAGCUAGAGUAGACCUGGAGCAACAUUCUACUCCAGAGGAGGAGAAGGAUUACAAGUUUGUUGUAGAACAUGUUGUGUAUCCAGCAUUCAAGAAAUAUUUGCUUCCUCCUGCAUCCUGUCUGACGGAUAAAUCUUUACUACAGAUUGCAAACCUGCCGGAUCUUUACAAAGUUUUUGAAAGAUGUUAAGUAUUUUCUCAGUCUUUAACCUACUCCGGAUAACAUAUUUCCUCGUAUUGAUAUGUUCAUGCGAUAUAUCGGAUAUAGUACAACCCAGUGCUUAGGAUCCGGAUCCGUUGUUUCCAACACGGAUCCAAAUCUGCCAACAAAGAUCUGUUGGCUCUCAACUUUCAAAUCUAAACUGUUGAAAAAAAGAUAAGUUAUCAAAAAUAAAUCUUAAUUUUUAAAGGUUAUUAAAAAUAACGGGGAAAGAAGAAGUUAAAUAAUUUAAAAAUUCUUGUUCUGCUAAAAAAAAAUAAGGAAAUAUUUAAGAAAUGAUCAUUAUCUGAAUCCGGAUGCGGAUUCAUUUUUUCCAGUGCGGAUCCAAGAUCAGGAUCCGCAUAAAACUUAAAUGGAUCCUAAGCACUGGUACAACCUUUAAGUAUUAAGUCUUUUUCCUCCCAGUUUCAUGCAUAUUGAAAAUCUACCGAUUUUUACUAUGCACCAGGUACCUAAUACGCUCAUCUUAUACGCUUAUUUUAUGUAUAAAGUACAGUGCAUGUAUGUACACUUCACAAUUCAAUAACCUCAUUUUUAAAAAGUAAAUGUUUAAAAAAGAAUGUAUAUGAACUCAUAGUUUCUUCGUAAUUUUUGUGUUUUGAACAGAACCUCGAAUAUGAUUGUGUUCAGAUCCUGUUCCUUAAAGGGAGUGACCGACAAUGCAUGGUAGUUGAACGGAGAAUGUAGUAUUGUGGAGAAAUUUUUUAGGAUUCAUGAAACAAUUAAA